UUUUUUGUGUUUUGAAUUUUUUUGUAGUAAUAUUAUAAAGUGAAUUUAAUGGUAUUCAAGAAUUUCUUGAAUUGAUUAUAGAAUAUACAAAAUUGAACCAUAUAAUGGCUUGACACCGACCAGCGAAGAGGAGGACCAACCCGCGCUGUCAACCAUGAACGUCAUAAAGAUAUUGGCGAUCGUCGUGGUGACGUCCGUCGUGACUCUCCUGUGCAUCCGUUCCGGUCAAGCGAUGACAAAAACCCCUGGAACCGUUUACAACAAGACCGGUGACAACCCGGAACUCCGGGGCCGAGGCAAACUUUCGUCGGUGAGCGUGACGUCCGACACCGUCACUCCGAAAGUGACAGUCGAUCUGGUAGAAGUGCGGAAGAUCGUCCAGGUUGUAACCCCGGAACCAAACCGGGGAGAUGAUAGUUCGAAGAACGAAAACCAAACAUCCACCACUUCUACUACGAUUACUGCUGAACCCUUGCAGCUAGCCACCAGCAGGUCAAUCGGUGACAAUCAUGUCAAGUUACUCGGACCUUUGGUGUCCGGCAGAAGAGCGUCGCCAAUAGUAGUCCGGGGAAAGUUGCUAGGACAAAUACCGCACCCGUCCAAUCACCGAGGCAGUAACGGCGUCGCCAUCGUGGAAGACGAUGACGACAAUGACGAUAACGAGGCCAACAUUAUCGUCGACGCCGAUGUUUAUCACUUGAACAAUAGACAAUUGGGAUACAACGAUUACUCGGCUGUCGACACGGACAUAUCGGUGGCCGAAGAAGACGGCUCGGCCGGUUAUCACGAUUCGUACGACGUGGCCUACAACAGACCGGUCGGUAACCCCAACGAGGGGACCGGAUGGAGCCCAGCCGGCCAGUCGGGAGGUUACGGUGCGAACGUGGCGCCGACCAUGGGCCGGCCGCCGUACGGCAUGGCCGCGCCGUAUCCCUAUCCGGCCGGCCAGGUGGUGGCUCCGGGUUACAAACAUCACGUGACCUACAACAACAACAUGCCACCGGCGUACGCCAACGGCCAUCGUCCCGCCGGACAGUACAAUAUGCAAAGCAACUUUCACCAGCAGGUGCAAAUGAUCUACGAUAAAAUCGACUGGCACAAGGUUACCAUACUGGCGCUGGUCAAGAUCGGGCUGGCGAAGCUCAAGGCGUUCGGGUUCCUCAAGAUCCUGUUCCUGCUCGUGUUCAAGCUCAAGAUGUUCCUAAUCGCCAUUUUCUUCAAGUUCCUGUUGAUCUCCAAGCUGAUGAAGCUGUUCAAGUUACUAAUGGUACCGUUUGUCCUGCUUACGCUGCUGCCAAUAUUCCUGUCGUUGUUCUCGGCUCCGAUGCUUGUCGGCGGGAUCCUGUCCAUUCCGAGACGUCUAAUCGAAUUUCUAACAGAACCGAUUGCCGUACCAGUAUCGGCGACCGCGGUCACGAAAUUAUACACUGAUCCAACCGGGCUCCCGGGCACGGCGGUCGCAAAAAACGGAGGCCUGACGUCAUCGCACAAUAAUAAACCGGAAGACUCGCCAGUACACGAUAAACGCCGAUUGGAGAUGUUGGAGCUGUUCGACCCGGCCCUGACCGUAUUUCAGAAGGUAUUGGACUCGGAAAAGUGCGUAGAAAGAAUAGCAUGUCGGAUGGCUGUUGUUGAAAAGGCCGGCAUACUUCCGGUUUGGAUUAAUUGGAUGCUUUAUCGAGUAUCAAAGGUCAUUCCAAAUGAAAAACUAGAAACAUAUCUCAAAGCGUAUUCCGAUGUAAAUAAUGUGAUUUAUAACAAGUCGGAUAACCCUGAAAAUUGGGCGGCAUGGUGCUCAGAUCGUUACGACUGCAAUAUUACUAAUACUACUAAUGCGGCAACAAAUGUGAUAGAUGCAGUUAAAUAAUAAUACAUCAUAUUAUUUGAUGUAUUCUUUUCGUUUGUUUUAUUUAAUUGCUUGUUAUAAUUCGUAACUUUUAAGUAGCAGAUUUUAACAAUGAUGUUUUGUACAAAUUUUAAUUCAACAUCAAAUAUUUU